UCGUAUAUUUCUUUUUUCCAAAUGAGUCAAAUGGUACACAUUUCACUUUCAUUGCUCUAAUUUUUCUUUAUCAUUUUCCCCAUUAUUGUCCAAACAGAAUUAUUAGGUGGUGGACCAUUGUACAACACAUAUUAUUGUUACUUUCAACUUUUCCCCACAUAUAUUUUUCCACAAGCCCCAUGUUCAUCUGUCGGAUUUUUUAUGCUUUAAUCACAUUAUUAAUGGACCAUCUUAAACACUCAAUUCAUUAACACAAAAACAGUAUUUAUCCCUUAUCAAACUCACAAUCAACGGCUACAGGUUCUUCAACUUGAUCUUAGUUUUAUCUCUAUUGCUUCUGUCACUGUUUCUCUUUCUCCAGCUUUCUUCCAAUCUUUUUUUUCAGCUGAGUAUACUCAAUAUCAAGACUCUUGAAAAUGGUUGAUGCCUUUGUGUCAUAUGCAGUUCAAAAACUGGGGGAUUUCCUCAUACAGGAAGUUUCCCUGCGCAGAAGUCUGAGACAGGAUGUGAUGUGGCUGAGAAAGGAGCUGCUCUUCAUGCAGUCUUUCCUCAAAGAUGCAGAGCAAAAGCAAGUUGAAGAUCAUACAGUUCGACGAUGGGUGUUUGAAAUUAAUGAGAUUGCUAAUGACUCUGUCGCUAUACUGUUGACACCCAAUUUUGUCCCUCCUUUAUUUAAUUUUAUUCACUCGGGCGUCUAAAUUUAUUGACGAGCUAAAUACUUUAUUUUCACUACUAUUAUUUUCGCUACCUUUAUUUUUAACAUUACGAGUAUUACUUUACCACAAUUUUUUUAAUGAUUCGUCAUCAUUUCAUUUUUUUUGGGGGGUUUGGAAUCGUUAAAUUAAUUACAAAACAACACUUUGCAAAAUCUUUAUUUUUCUACAUAUUAAUUAUUAAUUGUCUUUACAUAGUAUAUAUUGUACCAGUUAUUAAAUUAGAAGCCCAAAAAUAAUUAAACAGAGGAGGAAGGAUCAACAAUUUUCAGCCAAAUUAAUGGCCCAAAAUACAAAUACAAUGUUAUUCCCCUACCCAAUUAAUCAGCCCACAUUUUAAAUAACCAGCCCCAACUCAAAAUGAACAGCCCAUGUUUUAAUUUUAUCUGGUCCAGCCCAACUCCAUUAACCAACCCGACCGGCCCACUUAACAUUUUUCAUCAUUUACCCUAAUCCCUUCAACCAAAGAGGCAGCCACCUCUCUUUCUCCUUUCAUCUUCACCCAUUUCUCCCUCCUUCUCUCACCCCUUCACACCCCCUCCACUCACGUUUUCCCCACAACCACGCCUGUGCCAUAUUCCCUGACACUUCCACCACGCCUGUUCCCCGCUUCCUCUCUCUCAUACGCUCCUCUCUCCUCACUCUAUAAAGGGAGAGGAAAGAUGAAAUCAAGGGGAUCGAAGGAUCUGGAACAAAAAGAACCCUACAAAUACAGAUUUUAACCAAAAGAUAGUCUGACUGGAAAAAGAACUGCCAAUAAUUACUCUAUUUUUUGUUUGGAAACUCUUGUUAUUUUAAUUGGUUUCUUCGAGUUCGAGUACGAAUCCGAGACUCAUACCCGUUCGCUGCACCCAAAAAAGGUAUGCAUUUGCGUCGGAGUACAACAAAUGACGAAGGGCAUCACAAAUGGAACUAGAAGUUAGGCAUAGAAAUUUUAUUUACUUUAUUUAGAUUAGGAAACACCUUAUGUUGUAUUCAUUUGACAUGUAAUAAAUAUUACAUUAUCUUGUACUUUAUUUGAGAAAUAGAAUCUGUUUAAUUAAUCAAAGCAACGGGAUGACAUAUUAUGACACACUUUAUCCUUCAAACAAACGUUAGGCCUACCUCUGGCACAAAGAGGUCACAUGCAUAUUAGGACGCGUUAUUGUUUGAUAUACUUGUUUGACAACUUGUUUGACUUUAUUUGAUGAAUUAUUUGCUACAUGUCUUACUUGACUUUACGUGAUCUUGACUUUACCUAGAGAUGUUCAUGAGACUAACAUCAUUUAUACUUUAUGUUUCUUUUAUUUUAUUCCCAAAAAAGUUGAUUCGUGUUGACACUCGAGCUGGCUGACCAUCCUUACCUUACAAGGUCAAAGACAUCAUCAUUACCGCGAGGUAGUUGGGCUAUUCAAGGAAAAGAAAUUAUUAUGUCUGAUCCAACCGCAUCUAUUUCAACUGGUGUGGAAAACAUUGUGAUCUCUAGCGAUCCGCCCGAGACUUCCGAACACGGAACUGCUAUUCAACGGGAUGAACAUAUCGCCCGCCUGACUCAAGAAAUUGAGAAUCUACGUGGAGAACUAAAUCGGGUUAGGGACUUGACCAAUUUAUCCAUCACACUCCAAAGUCCACCUUCUGAACCUACAAAUACUGCACCAGACCCACCUCGUUUCCCAUCACUCGAAUCCCCAGUUCCUGAGCAUUUUCCUCCCCGAAACAAUGCACCUACCAACAACAACUUACCUCCGAUCACCCCCGCAAAUCCACCAAAUCCAACAUCCGUCUAUACUCCCCCACAAAGUCAACCAACCACCUACACUAACUAUACUUCUCCACAAAAUCAACCACCCACCUACACUACUUAUGCUACUCCUAAUCCACCACCCGUCAACCCACCAAAUCAAUCGCUAGUUCACACUCCCUAUGUUCCUUUGCCCACCAACACUAAUCCACCACCUACAACUACUCCUCUAAACCCACCAAAUCAACCACCUACAAACACCACUUAUAACACACCACCUCCAGUCCAAAACACCCCCACCAUCCAAACUUAUCCAACCCAGCAUCUACAAGGGGCACACAUUGUCACCCCAAAUGCACAAUAUGUUCCUCCGGUAUAUGCCACAGAAACACAAGCCUUUACCAACCCAGUAACGGUCAGGUUCCAACCCGAGGUAGAUCAAUACGAAGAAAUGGAAAAGGAUGCAAAGGCAGGGGCAGAUAACAUAUUGCUAAAAGAGAUCCACAGUCUCAAAGAAGCAAUGAGAAACCUUCAAGUUGCUAGAGGAACUAAGAGUGUAGAAUAUGAGGAUCUCUGUGUUCAACCUGACGUCGAUUUACCCGUAGGUUACAAACCGCCGAAAUUUGAUACAUUCAAUGGAACAGGCGACCCUCAUACACACUUAAGGGCUUAUUGUGACAAACUGGUUGGAGUGGGCAGAGACCAGAACAUAAGAAUGAAGCUCUUCAUAAGAAGCUUAUCCGGCGAAGCACUUACUUGGUAUACACAACAGGACGUCCGUAAAUGGCGGGGUUGGAGUGACAUGGCACAAGACUUUAUGGACAGGUUCAGUUUUAACACCGAUAUCACGCCGGAUAGAGUCUACAUGACUAAGUUGACCAAGAAAGUAGCUGAGACAUUUCGCGAGUAUGCGUUACGUUGGAGAUCAGAAGCGGCCAGGGUUCAACCUCCGAUGAAUGAUAGAGAAAUGACUGCUACCUUCAUUGAAUGCCAGGCUGGCAUAUUUUACGAGAAAAUGAUAGGUAUGAUGGGACAAAAAUUCACAGAAGUUGUCCGAAUGGGAGAAGCCUUAGAAGAAGGAAUCAAAUCGGGGAAAAUUCAGGAUCUUAUUGCUUUACAAGCAAUAAACAAAGCUAUUCAAUCCGGUUCUAUCAACGGGGUUAAAAAGAAGAAAGAAGAUGUCACUGCAGUCAUGAACAUCCAAAGGCAUGAGCCGAGCCAAGCCAUUCCAUACUUAAGCCACCCACAACAACCUUUCUACCCUUACCACUACCCUGAACCCUACCAAGCUCCACUAUCUCCUUACCCUGUCUACAACACCCAAGCUAACUACUACCAACCCCGAGCACCUCCACAUCAAAACCCACGUCCGUAUAAACCCAACCAAGCUCCAACUUACCAAAAUCGACCACAUACUAUACCUAGAGCCCAUCCGAACCCUGACACCAAAAACACCCGUAAUUACACUCGGAUCGCUGAACCCUUGGCUCAAUUGUUCGAAAGAAUGAAAGCAGCAGGCAUAAUACAACCGAUUGAAGGGAAAAUUCCCGAGCCUAUCCCAAAAUGGUUUGAUGGUUCCAAACGCUGUGCAUACCACUCUGGAGUUGUUGGGCACGCCACUGAAGAUUGUUAUGGGCUUAAAAACAAAAUCGAAGCCCUGAUUAAGGAAGGAGUAAUCCAGCUCGCUGAAGCUAAACCCAAUGUGGUCAACAAUCCUUUACCUGCUCACGAAGAUGCUAAGUUUUGAAAGAAUCCAGUGUGUCAAUCAGAAGGUUGGAAAUGGCCAGAUCAUCAACUUUGUCGCUUCCGUGGGAACAAUCUAAUACAACUACUCACAACACCAAGGCACUAACAAUAUAGGGCGCCGAAUCAGGAGAGACUCUGAAGAAUUGGACUUGUACUCCGUCUCUGAUACGCCGGUAGUCUUGGUAGACUGAACAUGUAGUGAACUUUUAUUUUUAAAGGCUUGAAUCAUGUUCAAAACUUUUGUUGCUUUGCUUCAUCUUUUGGA